AUGAAUUUACCUACAGAAAUCUUAAAUCAAAUAUUCCCUAAUAUCGUAUCCCAUAAGGAUAGACUAACUGCUCUUACUGUCUGUAAAAGAUGGUAUCAAUCUGCCUUUGAAGCGUAUUAUGCAAAUCAGCAUGACCAAAAUCCAGGGAAAUACGUUAAAAAAAUGGAAAUUUACACAUUGAAUACUGACAAUAAAGAAUCCAUAACUACAGACGAGUUUGUAAGGAUAGCUAAAUAUUGUCCUUACCUUAUCGAAUUACUCUUUGAUGACAAUCAUUAUUGGGACCAUCUCAGCCAAUUGGAUUUUACACAACAUUGGAAAUAUUUAUGCUCACUUCCUUUUAUGCACAAAAAAAUGGAUAUUUGUUAUCAACUUGAAGAUAGAUUAACAAGCUUAAAGUUGUGUUGCUUUAAAAAUUUCGAACAAGAUCUUUUGCUUUUAUUAUCUCGUAUGUCAAAGCUUAAGAGUAUUCGUCUUAAAGAUGAUAUAGAUGUGAGACUGACUGAAGAUAUAGUUGAGAAACUGCAUUUGUCAUUGCCUUCUCUUCAAAGCCUAAAAUUUGAAAUGGAUAUAUUCCCUUCCUCUCGCGAUAUCAAGAGUCUACUGCCACCAUUAAAGAUGCCAUGGACUAACAAAGGGUUUCAAAGGCUUGAUUGUUUAGUCACCGAUUCUUCCUCUAUUUGGUUCAACAUCAUCAAACACAACUAUCAUAGCAUUCACCAUUUGGUAUUAACCAUAAAACCAAGCUAUAAACCAAACAUACUCUUUUGGCCGAGCAAGCUUUCUCCAGAAAAUAGUAACACAUAUGCAUAUCAUAUCAUGGAAUUGAUCCGUCAAACAACUAUCCCACUUAUUCAUAUUCAUUUUCCUCUCUUUUAUACUGAUAUUCAUUUUAUUCAACACUUUACUCUCACGCUUCUAAAUACUCACAAUCUACCUGUCUUCUCUGAUCAUGUUUCGAUCAGCUUUAUAUACAUCAAUGAUGAAAGCCCCAUUCGAUGGAUCUCUAGAGGGUACCAGUUUAAGGAUAGUCUUGUAAAUCGUCUUACGUAUCAUCGUUCUUGUAAACUAAACAGUAACUCUAUAGAUCAUAGCUUUAGGUUUUAUAUAGUCAUGGUGAAAGAAAUCACUCGUACUGAACUCUUUCAUCUUCUGAAAUUAAUCAAGUAUCCAAUCAAUCAGAAAACAACUCAUUUGCAAAUACAAAGAAAGGUAGAACACCUUCAUUGCUUUGUGGAUUAUGUCUAUCUGGACUUCCUCUUGGAACAUUUCCCUCAUGUCAAUGAAAUCACUAUAUCACUUCAAUUCUCCUUUCUUUAUGAAGACUAUCCUAUGCAAUUAAUGAAUGAAUAUCGAACUUUAUUAGAACUAUCACUCUUGAAUGACAAUCCUAACUGUACUUACCAGUAUACGUCCUUACAAGUCUUGAAUUUAGAAAACAUCGCUAUCAAUCGAUAUCUGUAUGAAUUCCUUUUCAAACAUUGUCCUAAUAUAUCAAGACUGAAUAUCAAGCAUUGUCAAUUUGAUGAACAAGCCUUUCCGCUUUUUAAUAACAUGCGCACUAAGCGCAAUAUGGAAGUCUAUAUACAUGAUUAA